UCGGCUCGGGUUGUUAUGUAAGAGAUUAGAAGGUGCGGGAGAAGGUGGAGACGCUGGAGCGGACAGGCUCAGGCUGAUUGUGGGGGGGACACACAGCAUCAUGUGGCUGCUGGCGGACAGCUGAGAGCCGGGGAAGCUGCAACCGACAGUCCGUCUCUCCGGGUGGAAAACAUGCCAACCUUUACCGUCAUGUAUAAAGGAGCUGUCAUCAUCAGCAGGACACUAAUGGGGCCAUAUGGAGUUGACAGAGCUGUUCAUUCCAUGGAGUUUACAGAAUGUGAGAAUGGCCUUGGUAUUAAAGUAAUUGGUGGAAUGAAAGAGCAAACUGGAGAAGAGUUUGGAGUUUACGUCAAAAGGGUUUUACCCGGUGGCCUUGCUGCAAUUGAUGGUAACUUGUUACCAGGAGACCAGAUCCUGGAGGUUAACGGCGACAGCCUUGUUGGAGUCACAAGUGAAAGAGCUGUGGAUAUCUUGAGAGCAGCCUCUGCAACUAACCACAUGCGCCUUCUUAUAGCCAGAGAUGAAGAGGCAAAGAGAGAAUUUGCAGAGCUGAUGGAGAAAUAUGGCUCCAACAGCAGCACAGGAUCAACGCGCAAUUCCCCCAUCCAGCAAGUCACCCAGGUGAAGGAGUGAUUCAGCUCAUUUCUGUAGCACGGUCCAGUAGUUUAGGGAUCACCAUUGGAGGGGGCUCAAACAGGCCUGAUGGUCCCGCGGUCUUCAUCCAAGAGGUGCUGUCUGGAGGAGACUGUCACAGG